UCUUUACACUUAUUUUUCUGGGUUCUAAAAACAGGGGGAAUAAUUGAGGGAAAAAAAAGAAAAAUAAAAAAGGUCCGAUUCAGAAAUAUAUCCAUCCCGAUCUGAUUAGUUCACACUCUCAUGCUCCCGCCAUUUCCUUUGCGCUCCACGGAUCGGGAUUUGAAACCGAUAUUUAUGGGAGCUUUGUAGAGAGAGCUUAACGAGGACCGGGUAGUCUGACCCAACAAUGCAAGACCUUAGAGCCAAAAUCAAAAUUGCUGUUCUUAUAGCUGUGACCGUAUGGAUAAGCCUUGCUGCUACAUAUGGAAUCCUAAAACCAAUUGCUAAUGGUUGUAUUAUGACGUACAUGUAUCCAACAUAUGUUCCAAUUUCUUCACCGGUGGGCUUAUCGUCAGAAAAAUAUGGGGUGUAUUUGUAUCAUGAAGGAUGGAAAAAGAUUGAUUUCAAGGAACAUCUCAAGAAACUUAAUGGAGUUCCAGUCCUUUUCAUUCCAGGAAAUGGAGGUAGCUACAAGCAGGUGCGAUCCUUGGCAGCUGAGUCUGAUAGGGCUUAUCAAGGAGGCCCUCUCGAGCAAACUUUUUAUCAGGAGGCUUCCGUAGCUAAGGUGGAGGGCGAGACAGGCACUAAUUUGGAUGGCUUUCAGUUGCCAAACCACUACACGCGAAGGUUGGAUUGGUUUGCAGUGGAUCUUGAAGGGGAACAUUCUGCAAUGGAUGGUGGUAUACUUGAAGAACAUGCUGAAUAUGUAGUACACGCCAUCCACAGGAUCUUAGAUCAAUAUAAAGAAUCUUUUGAUGCCCGAGCAAAAGAAGGUGCUGCUAACUCUGCAAGUUUACCUAGAAGUGUGAUACUGGUCGGUCAUUCGAUGGGUGGGUUUGUUGCUAGAGCUGCAGUUGUGCAUCCAAGACUUAGAAAAUCAGCUGUUGAAACAAUUCUUACUCUUUCUAGCCCUCAUCAAUCACCUCCUCUAGCUCUACAACCAUCUUUGGGUCGGUACUUCACUCGUGUAAAUCAGGAAUGGAGGAAGGGCUAUGAGGUUCAAAUAUCUCGAAGUGGGUACUUUGCAUCUGAUCCUCUGCUUUCACAUGUUGUGGUAGUUUCAAUUUCCGGGGGUUAUCAUGAUUACCAGGUAAGGUCAAAGUUAGAAUCCCUGGAUGGGAUUGUUCCUUCUACACAUGGCUUUAUGAUCAGCAGUACAGGUGUCAAAAAUGUGUGGUUAUCAAUGGAACAUCAGGCGAUUUUGUGGUGUAAUCAAUUAGUUAUACAGGUGUCACACACCCUUCUUAGUUUGGUAGACUCUGGUACAGGCCAACCAUUUUCAGCCACCCGAAAAAGGCUCACUGUAUUGACAAGAAUGCUUCAUAGUGGAAUACCACAGAGUUUCAAUUGGAGGACCCAAUCACACACUUCUCAACAAAUUGCUCAUUUUCCUGCUAAAAACGUGGAAGAUGCACCUGAUGCUUGUCCCAAAAGCGUCCAUUGGAGUGAUGAUGGCCUGGAAAGGGACCUAUAUAUUCAGACAAGUACUGUCACUGUUUUAGCCAUGGAUGGUCGCAGGCGGUGGUUGGACUUGGAGAAACUGGGGUCAAACGGCAAAAGCCACUUUAUAUUUGUAACAAACCUAUUACCAUGUUCUGGGGUGAGGCUUCAUCUUUGGCCUGAAAAGGGAAAGUCUGCUAGCUUACCUGUAAGUAAAAGGGUUCUUGAAGUGACCUCAAAGAUGGUGCAAAUUCCUUCAGGACCAGCACCGAGACAGAUUGAACCUGGGAGUCAGACUGAACAAGCUCCUCCUUCUGCUGUACUGAUGUUGGGACCUGAGGAUAUGCGUGGCUUCAAAUUUCUUACAAUUUCAGUUGCACCUCGACCGACUGUUUCAGGCAGACCUCCUCCUGCAGUUUCCAUGGCAGUUGGGCAAUUCUUUAAUCCUGAUGCAGGGAGGGUGAAAAUCUCACCUUGGUCGAUGCUUCUUUCCAAGUACUAUAAUGAUGACAUAUUUGUGAAGGAGGAUCAUUCUCUGGUGUUGAAUUUAUCAUUCCCCAUUAGCUUAGGACUUCUUCCAGUUACCUUGCAACUUGAAACAACUGGGUGCGGAAUUAAGAGUUCUGGAUUUUCAGAUGAUCAAGCCGGUGAUAUCGAAAACAAUAGGCUGUGCAGACUGCGUUGUUUUCCCCCUGUAGCACUCUCUUGGGAUGAUAUAUCUGGUCUUCAUAUUUUCCUGAAUCUUCAGAGUGAGACAAUUCUUGUUGAUUCCUCACCAGCACUCUUGAGUUCUAGUGCAGGAUCUGAGAAAACAACCGUUCUAUUGUUGGUAGAUCCUCACUGUUCAUACAAAACAAACAUUGUUGUCUCUCUCAGUGCAGCUGCCAGCAGAUUUUUGCUUUUAUAUAAUUCACAGAUAGUUGGUUUUUGUAUUGUUGUUGUUUUCUUUGCACUGAUGCGGCAAGCGCAAGCAUGGAAUCAUGAUUUUCCCGUACCCUCAAUGCUGACAGCUGUAGAGUCCAACUUGAGAAUACCAUUCCCAUUUUUUUAUUUGGUCAUCAUACCUAUUUUACUAUCUUUAUUCCUAUCGCUUUUAACUUCUCAACCGUUACCUCCUUUGGCUAUCUUCAUCACAGUCUCAGUAGUCUGUUAUUCAUUUGCAAAUGCUACUGUCAUUAUUGUGAUUUUGGUAUCCCAGCUGAUUUUCUACAUGAUGGCGGUUGUGCAUGUUUUCAUCAAGACAAGGUGGCAAGUGUGGGAAGGAAAUGUUUGCUUUGUGCUGUUUAGUUGGUUUGGCAAACUAUUUUCACGUUUUCAAUCAUCCAAGGUUAUAAGGGUGUUGGGAGUCAAUCCGUUACUGGCUACUGCACUUUCUGCUAUUACCUUGGCAUGCUUUAUUCACCCGGCUAUGGGAUUGUUUUUGCUACUCGUUUUCCAUGCUUUCUGUUGUCACAAUGCCCUGUCCAGCCAUGUACGAAGCAAAAAAUUACAAGGUGGAAAUGGUUCUCAACAAUCUGCAUUUCCAUUGCCCAAUAAAUUGAACUUGAAGGAGUCUAUUGAAGAUAACCUUUCCACCAGUCCUGGCUCUUCAAAAAGUUUUGGGGAAACACAAUUGGAGAUAUUUCAUCAUUGUCAUGGCUUAUUGAUCUUGCAUCUAGUGGCAGCAGUAAUGUUUGCACCCUCACUUGUUGCUUGGUUGCAGAGAAUAGGGACAAAUCAGAGCUUCCCAUGGUUGUUGGAUUCUUUCCUUUGUACUGGAGUUAUCCUCCACGGUGUCUGCAAUUCAAAACCCGAGUUCAAUUCCUAUUUAUUUUCCUUCUUUGGCCUAUCACGGGCAGAAAUUAGACUGGACUUCAUCUAUUUAAUUGCUGGAAAUUAUACCUACAUCUGUAGCCUGGCUUUGGCUCCAUAUAAAGUCUUUUAUGCCAUGGCCGCCAUAGGGGCCAUAUCGUUAGCCUUGAGGAUUUUACAGAAGAGGACCAGGGAGAAGUUAGAGCCCCAUUUCGGCGGUCGAAAGCACUCUCACAGACAUUGAGAACAAUAACAAACAUCAGCCUGAGUUUUAUAACUGGCAUUAAACCAGUUGCUCCCAUUUGCUUGGUUCUCUAAAAAGGUUCAGAUUUGUAAUGGUUGUUCUAGCGACAAAACUUGCCAUAGAUUACAUGUAAUUGCAAAAUAGGGUGAGAAUUAGAUCUUAUGAGUCUUACAAGAGGCUGAGGCGUUUUUAUCACAUGGCCAUCCCAGCUUUUAUUCUUUUUUUUUUUUUUUUUAAAACAAAAAAAAAAAACACAUUUAAUUGUAUUUUGUUCUGACAUAUGAAUUUGGAGAGAGUUUGCUUUGGUGUUGCGGCUUGACAGGUAGCUAAUUCGUUCGUGUAUUGUAGAACAUUAACAAAGUUGAUUAUCGAAAAAGAGGUACGCGUUUUUUCUUUUUUGUUU